CCUAGGCGCGACGACCCUUUCUUUUUCUUAUGCAAUUCCAGCGUCGGAUUCAAGUAGCUUUACCGCUAGCUUAAAAUUCUGUGCAACAAACUCAUCCUUCUUGGGCUUAGCUUAAUACUACAUUGCUUAGACUCACCUUGUCAAAAUGGCCGAGUCACCAUCCGUGUCCGAAUCCAAUCCCAGGUCGGUGGAUCGACCUUAUACUGAGAUUGUUGUCGUGCGUCACGGUGAAACAGAGUGGAAUGCUGAUGGGAGAAUUCAGGGGCAUCUUGAUGUUGAUUUGAAUGAAGUUGGGAGACAACAAGCAUCUAAGGUAGCUGAUCGACUCUCCAGGGAGUCUAAAAUCUCUGCUGUGUAUUCUUCUGACUUGAAACGAGCUUGUGAGACAGCAAAAACUAUUGCUGCCUGCUGUGGUGGUGUAGAGGUUAAAUUUCAGGUUAUUAGAGAUGCUGACCUACGGGAAAGGAAUUUGGGAGAUCUGCAAGGCCUUGUACUCCAUGAAGCUGCUAAAGUUAGUCCUGCCGCUUACCAGGCCUUUUUAUCCCACAGAACCAAUCAAGAUAUCCCAGGUGGUGGAGAAAGUCUUGAUCAACUAUAUCGACGUAGUACAUCUGCUUUGCAAAGAAUUGCUAGGAAGCAUAGAGGAGAGCGAGUGGUUGUGGUUACUCAUGGGGGUGUCAUAAGGGCAUUAUACAGGCGAGCUUGCCCGAAUAAUAAGCCCACAGCAAAAGUAUUGAACACAUCUAUUAAUAUUUUUCACUUAUUCGACGGGGACAAAUGGACCGUACAAAUUUGGGGUGAUGUUAGCCAUCUUGACCAAACAGAAUAUCUGGCAUCUGGUUUUGGUGGGGACAGAACAUCUGGUUAGUUUUUACCGUCGAAUGCAAGCGCUGCUGAGUGCAUUGCAAUUAAUUCCAUUUUCCAAGUAAAUGGAAAGCAGUAACUGGAAGGGGAAGGGAACAUUUUUUCAUGAUGGAAGGGACUAUUUUCUCAUGAUUCCUUACCUAUAUGGCCUCUGAUAUGUUAUAAUCUAGCGUAUAUUAACUGAAACAGCAGUAUUUUUUGGCCUUAUUAAAUGUGAAAUAAUAUACCUUGUCUUGAUAUAAGGAUUAUUAAUCUGAAUGGAAAUAGUUUGUCUGGAUUUGAUUUUGUCUGA